AUGGUUGUACGGAGUCCACUUUGGAUCUGGCAUCUUGGGGUGGCUCCCUGUCGGCAUUUUACAGCAUUGUCCUUGGUUUUUUUUGUUUCUUUUUCCUUUGUCAAAGACUUCUGCAUCCCGCCGAGGAGGAUGGUCCUCAACCAAACACACAUAUAUCAACAAACAAACGACAACAACAACAACACCACCACCGCUUGUCUGUCUCCACAGAUUUCAGACGCGGGAGCAUUUCAGUAUGACGUCUCGGUCUGUCUGCUCUUCUGUCGGAAUCUCCACAUAUUUUCGGAGUAUUAUUUCUCGGACCAUCCCUCCAUCGGCGGACCCUUUUUCCUUUGUGCUCAACUCGGUCCAUUGACCAUCUUCACCUGA